CAUCCAACUAUCCGGUAAAAAUAUUGCAAUGUUUUGUCAUGUAGCUCCAAAAUGAUCCUCACCAAAGACUAUCCUUUUGAGCUCCUUGCAAUCCAAACCUCAUCAGAUUUCAGAGAUGGCAACAACACAACCACACCCCCAACUACCACCAUCUCUAAACCCUCUCAAAAACCCCUUGAUUAGGGUUUUAGUCAUCACCAUCCUCUGUUCUCUCUUCUACAUUCUUGGCUGCUUCUACAACAACAACCACUAUUCCAUUUCAACUUCCACCCCUGUCCUCCCAGACCCAUCUUGUCUCCACCUCAAAAAUCUCACUACCAACCAAAACCCAUCACAAAUCCUGCACUUUGAACCCCACCACACUCUCUCUCUCCCACUAGAUCCCCCACAAACCCACCAAUUCUUCCCCUACUGUCCCAAGAACUUCACAUACUAUACCCCAUGUCAAGAUCCAAAUAGAGAAGCUCAGUUCAGUACUGCAAAUUUCUUUCACAGAGAUCGGCAUUGCCCCGGAAAAACUGAGACUUUAAGGUGUUUGAUUCCAAGACCAGUGAGGUACAGAAGGCAAUUUCCAUGGCCAAAGAGCAGGGACUUUGCUUGGUUCAACAAUGUGCCUUUCCCAAGCUUGACUGUGUUCAAGAAAAGCCAGAAUUGGGUUCGAUUGGAAGGCGACCGGCUUGUUUUCCCCGGUGGAGGGACUUCAUUUGUAAAUGGGGCUAAGGGUUAUAUUAAUGAGAUCAAUCAGAUUGUGCCCUUGAAAUCUGGGAAUAUAAGGACUGUUCUUGAUACUGGUUGUGGGGUUGCAAGCUUUGGAGCUGCUUUAAUGGACUAUAACAUUUUGACAAUGUCUGUUGCACCGAGAGAUAAACAUGAAGCUCAAGUACAAUUUGCCCUGGAAAGAGGACUUCCAGCCAUGCUUGGUAUACUUAGUAUCCACAGGUUGCCAUACCCAUCAAGAUCUUUUGAUAUGGCUCAUUGUUCAAGAUGCAUUAUACCAUGGACUGCUUAUGAUGGACUAUUCUUGUUGGAAAUUGACCGUGUUUUGCGCCCUGGUGGUUAUUGGGUAUUAUCUGGGCCACCUAUAAAUUGGAGGGUUAAGUACAAAGGUUGGGAGAGAACACCACAGGAUCUUGAAAAUGAGCAGAAGAGUUUGGAGGAUCUUGCUAGGCGAUUGUGCUGGAAAAAGAUUAGAGAGACUGGACUAAUUGCAGUAUGGCAAAAACCUACUAAUCAUGUUCAUUGCGCUCAAAAGUUGAAGACUUGGAAAGCUCCAAAAUUCUGUGCUGAAGAUGAUGCAGAUGCUGGUUGGUACAAAAAGAUGGAUACUUGUAUCACUCCUCUCCCAAAGGUCGCAGACGUACAUGAUGUAUCCGGAGGUGCUCUCGAGAAAUGGCCUAAACGAUUGAACAUUGCUCCACCUAGAAUUAGAAAUGCAGUAGCUGUAGGAAUGACUGUCAAGGCUUUUAAUGAGGAUAAUCAGUUGUGGAAAAGAAGAGUUUCAUACUAUGGGAGUGUUCUCAAACCUCUGUUUGCUGGACAAUACAGAAAUAUAAUGGACAUGAAUGCUGGCAUUGGAGGUUUUGCUGCUGCACUUGUUAACUAUCCUGUUUGGGUUAUGAAUGUGGUUCCUACUGAUGCAAAAAACAAUACACUCGGUAUCAUCUAUGAACGUGGACUAAUUGGAACCUACAUGAACUGGUGUGAGCCCUUCUCAACAUACCCUCGAACUUAUGAUUUAAUACAUGCUAAUGGUUUGUUUAGCAUGUAUAUGGACAAGUGUGACAUUCUUGACAUUCUCUUUGAGAUGUAUCGAAUUCUCCGCCCCCAUGGGGCCGUUGUAAUAAGAGAUCACAUCGAUAUGAUUGGUAAAGUAAUAGGCAUCACAGAUCGGAUGAGAUGGAAGGGCAAAAUUUCACACAGUGAACAUGGACCUUUCCAUCCAGAGAAGAUACUUUUUAUUGACAACUCACAAUAGCCCCAAGUUCCCCUAUUAUGUUACAAGUAAAAUAUAUUAAUUUGUUGUGCAAUUGUGUUAACUCUGCAUUUACUAUAGGCAGUCGCCUCAAAGGUCAGAAAUAGUCAUGCUCAUGCAUUGAUCUCUCCCAUAGAGCAAUUUUUCUUAGCCUGUGUAUGGUUAGAGAUUUGGGAAGAGAUUUGGAAAGGGAAAGGAAAAAUGUGUGUGAAAUUAGGUGAAAUAUAAAUAUGUUUAUCUUUUCUUUUUUCCUUUCUAAAUCUCUUCUCAAAUCAUCUAACCAAACAUAGCGUUAGUAGAAGUGAAAUUUCACUCUUGUGUACGAACAAUUGUGUUGGAAGAGCAUAGGGAUAGAGAUUGAAUGAAUGAGAUGUAUAAAAACAUUGGCAUGUUGUGACAUUGAGAAGGUCAAUAAUUUUAAAGUUGAGUUUGUAAUGAAGAUUUGUUUUCACUAGUCGUUUGCAUGGUGAUAAUUUGAUCAUGGCUAUGCCAUAUCUCCA